AUGCAGCUUUUCUCCUUCCUCAUGGCUCUUCUCCUCUUCCUCCUCCAGGCUGUUCCAGGUCUUGGCUUGCCCAAAGACACCUUACGUUGUGUUGGACACCACGGUUUCUGCUUCCAUUCAAAAUCCUGCCCAGAGCCAUUUGCUGCUUUUGGAACUUGUUCUUGGCGUCAGAAAACCUGCUGCAUAGACACAACAUCAAACUUCCAUACUUGUCAAGACGAGGGGGGUCAUUGUGUGCCUCCAGAAAUCAGAUGUGUGCAGGAACAAGUGGGACUUUGCCCUCACAGAGAAUGGAAGUGCUGCACAGAAGUAUAA